UCCACACUCAGGGUCACGUGAACUUCGUUUCCAAGUGCUCCAUGGUUUGGGAUGCCUACAAAAAUGAUUAUAAAAAGCUUCCCCAAAAAUGCUGGAAUCUUGCAACAAUGAACUUGAGUGGUACAAGUCUGUAAAAGAGACACAAGCAUCAGUUGAAGUAACAUCAUAUGGGCAAAUGGACAACAUUCAUAACUUUGGUUGCUAUUUUAUUGGUGGGAAGGGAAACGUAGCUAUGGACACUAUUCAUGAUGUAAUCCAUCUCACACUGAUACCGGGAGAAGAGAAAGAGCUACUAAAGACUAGUUAUAAUCUUGAUGAACUGAGAGACUUGGAGAGUAAGAUUGUGCUCAUCACUGGAAGUAAAGCCGGGAACAGAGCAGCUGUUGACCAUUUUCUUAAUACCCUUCAUUCUGUGUGUAGAAUAGCAGAAGUCCUGAUUAAGCUGCAGCAAAGUGGGAAUGUGCACUAUAUUGGAUGGAAACUUGGUUUUACUUGCCAGGCAGUCCUAGUGGAGAAGCUACAGAAGCAGGCUAAGGAGAUGGAAAAGGAACUUGAGGAGUGGAAUAGAGAGGUUGCUCUUGCCCGGAAAAUGUUCUAUGAACUAAACUACUACACCACACGUCAACUGCUUGUGCUCCGGAGUGGGUUGAAGAUGUCAGAACCAUCUGCAAACCCACAUCAGUGGAGACAAGUAAAAGCACUACUUGAAAGCAUCUCUCGUGAAAUAACCCAAACCAAUUUAGUAAAUGUGGUGCAUGACAUUGCCAAGAAGCCAUUGGAAGAUUUAGAAGUAGAUAUACAUUCACCAUACCUUGCUGAUAUGCCCGUCGAAAGUGUUAUAGAGCCCUCCAUAGGUGUGGCAUCCUCCCCAUCCCUAUUGCUAGAUGAACAGUUGGUCACAGAUGCAAGGCCUACUGAAGCAAACAUACCACAUGUAGGGCUUUCAAAAGAAGACCUAAAUGUUGAGCAAAAAACACACUUUACUAAUAUACUAGAACGCAUUGGAUACUGUGAAUUGACAGCUUUAAAAGCCAUUGAAGCAGUUGAUGGUGGAGACUGGAAUGAUAUAGAAAACUGGUUGGAGUAUAAUGGAGGUGAAUGGGAAGAAAUAUUCCAGGAGGCCCAAGAAGGUGAAGAGGAAGAAGAAUCAGAAGGCUCUGUAAUUGAGGAUGAAGGGGUUGAGACUAUUUUUGAUGAUGAAGCUGCUCUAACUCAAGCGGAGAUUGGAAACACUCUAGAUGCAGAUCCUUCUCGGGCUCUUCCAGCAAAUCCCUCAUCAUCAACCCAACUCAGGUCAAGAGUUAUAGUCACUUACCAUCAAAAUGUUGAUGAAAACAAUGAGGAAGUGCAGCAGUUGCUGGAGGCAGAAGUGGGCUCAGUUGAAGAGUGUAUCAGAGCCAUUGAAGUGUAUGGAACAGCUGACGUGGCGUUCAAUCACAUAAUGGAACUGAAAGAAAAAGGAGCUAUUUUUCAAGAUAGUCAUCUGCCUAUUAUGCCUUUUGUUCAGGAAAAUGCAUCGGCAGGUGCUCCCCAGCCAGGAAUGACUGGAACUCAAGAUAUUAUAAUCUCGGUGAAGAAUAUCGGGGAGCAAUAUUUGAAACUGGAUGAACUUGGUUUAGUCCUUCACCAGCUAAGCCUCAACUUUCCUGCUAGUGUGGAAAGAGAGAGAAAAAUAACUGACCUAAAGCGUGGCCAGCCUCAUCUGCUAGUUGUCCCGCCAGACCAGGUUCUGAGAGCUGCUCUGUCUCUCUACAUGGAGGACAGCAGUCUACCCUUGCCCACACCUGAGGAGAUGCUUAUCUGCAACCAGAACACUACUUCUGAAGAGGUGGAUCUUUUGUGGCAAAAGGCUGUGUGUGACCCAGACUUCAAAAGGAUCUUCUGUCUAGUCCAUGCUGAGAAGUUGUCCUAUCAGACAGCUGACAAGGCACUUCGAUCCCUCACAGAGCAAAUUCAGAACAAAGGAGAGUUCUCCUUGGUGAUUAUUUGCAGCAGUCAAGAUGAGGAGAAAAGUCCGAUCAUAUCCAAGCUUCAUCUGUACCGUAGACCAUAUGGAUUGUCUACAGACCCUACCAAGUAUAAAGAGUAUCUGGAGAAACACUUUGUAAAUGAAGCUCAGCCAUCCUACCAGCACUUGCUAGAGAUGGGGAUGGGGAGUGUGCACAAUUUAUCCGCAUUAGUUGUGGAUCAAAAAGGAUCAUGUGUCAGGGUCAUAUCCUCAACUCGAGCUGGCAUGGGAAAAACACUAUAUGUUACUCGAAUGAAGGAGAAACUUCAGGCUGUGACCCCAAGACAUAAUUCCCUAAUAACAAUCCCAGUUCAUGGUCCAAUAGUAACCGUAGAUUCUAUGAUAGAGCGUCUAGUUCAAAAUGAGGACUCCUGUGAUUAUUCAAUUCUCCACUUCGACAUCCCUCCUUCGGUACUGUGGCAGAUGGACACAGUUCUAUUUUCGCUUCUUAUCAACAGAGGAUUGUGUGACAGUCAAGGUCGUGUCUGGAGGAACCACCCUUCACAGCUCUAUGCCAUUGAAGUUACUGUUUCUGAGGCACAUGAAAAUACACCUGUCCCUGAGCAUCUUGUGCGAAAAGUGCUUGAGAUCCUUCCAACUGUCACCUGUGUCAAGCCAAAAGAUGCUCUCUCCCUCAUGUCACUGGCUGUGGCAGACAGUACUAAAAUAGUAAUGGACCAGAAAACAUUUUCUAGUGAAACCUUUCAGAGGGUCUACCAGUAUCUGAGACGACAUGUUGCAAACAGCAAUUUAGACUCAUUUGCUUUUGACCAUAAUAAUAUUGAAGGGACUCCCCACGACUGUCUCCAGAUUCUUCUGAGAUUCUGUGGAAUUAAGGAUCCUUCAUGGGCAGAAAUACGACACUUUGUCACAUUUCUGGACCUCCAGCUGCAGUCCUGUGAAAGGUCAUAUUUCACUAACCCAGAAUUUGUUGGAGACGUGAUGGAUGGUUUCAAGAGCUUUGUUGUCAGAUUCAUGAUUCAAAUGUCCAGGGACUUCUCCACGUCCUCCCUUAAAGGAGAGGUAGCACAGGAAAAUGAAGAACCUGAUGAUCAAGAGCAUGAUGUUCUUCAGCAGUACGAGAUUGUUGAGAGGAAGCAGUGGGAACACAGCUCUCAUCCUUACUUGUUCUUCAACCGAGAUGGAAUGAGUUUCACAUUCGUUGGAUUUGUUGUGACUAACCAUGGUGACCUGUGUGAUCCAACUCAACGUGGAAGAGUUAUAGAAAAGGGGAUUAUGACCCAACAGCUCUACACUGGUCUAAAGGCACAGAGAGUUGACCUUUAUGAAGAUUACCGCCAAUGGCCUAAGGAUGUCAUGAUUCAGAAGAUCUCCACAGUGAUGGGUAUAGAAUGGCCCCAUGAUCCAGACCCUACUUAUGUGCUAACAGUUGAUAACCUAAUCAAAAUCUUGGCCAUUCAGAUGAGAUUCAGGUGUAGUAUUCCAGUGGUGAUAAUGGGAGAGACUGGCUGUGGGAAGACGAGACUCAUCAGGUUCAUGUGUAACCUUGCCUCUCAGGGUAGUGGCCAAAGGAACAUGCUGAUAUUAAAGGUGCAUGGUGGUACAACAGAGAAAGACAUUGUUAGGUUUCUGAGAAAGGCAGAGGAGACUGCUAAGGAGAAUGGGUCAAAGAAGCUUGACACAGUUGUCUUCUUUGAUGAGGCAAACACCACUGAUGCCAUUGGACUGAUAAAGGAGAUCAUGUGUGACAGGAGAGUCCAUGGUCACCCUGUCUCAGAGGAUCUCAAAUUCAUUGCUGCAUGUAAUCCCUACAGGAGGCAUACACGGGACAUGAUAAAGAAAUUAUGCUCAGCUGGCCUAGGGUUCUAUGUGAGGGAGACAGAAACACAGCAGAAACUAGGAAAGAUCCCCCUGAGAGAGCUAGUGUACAGGGUGAUUGACCUUCCUCCCAGCAUAAGACCAUUGGUCUAUGACUUUGGUCAACUCAACACUGACACUGAGAGAGACUAUACCACCCAGAUAGUCCAUGACCACGUGGGAAAGCACACAAUUCUGUCGCAGCAGAACGCAGGAAUAAUACCUGCCAUAGCUCGAGUGUUGGCCUGGUCCCAGAUGUAUAUGAGAAAAAGAGAGGAUGAGUGCAGUUUUGUAAGCCUAAGAGAUGUUGAAAGAGCAAUGAUUGUUUUCGUCUAUUUUUUUGAGAAGAUGGCUCUUUUCAUGCCUCUUAUUAACAGGAAGGAGAUGGGAGAAGCGCAGAGAAAUGCUCUUGCCCACCAUCAUGGAAUACCAGUUCCAGUUACUCCAUCUUCGGGUGUUACUUGUCUCACUCACUCCCUCAUUCUUGCUGUCAGUGUCUGCUAUCAUGCCAGACUUAGUGACAGGACUGAGUUUGAGCAGAGAGUUGCUCAUGAGUUUACUGCACCACUUCGACUGUCCGGUGGAGCAGUGGAGUUUCAAAACAUUAUUAGAUGGUCCCAGGAGGCUCUGUUAGAGAGUAUGGUCGUUGGAGAAAACAUUGCCCACAAUGCUGCUCUGAGAGAGAAUGUGUUCAUGAUGGCAGUGUGUGUGGACCUGAGGAUUCCUCUGUUCCUGGUGGGGAAACCUGGCAGCUCCAAGUCUCUGGCCAAGUCCAUUGUGGCUGACUCCAUGAGAGGACAGGCCUCUCAGGAUAAUCUCCUCAAGUCCUUCAAACAAGUCCAUAUGUUCUCCUACCAGUGCAGUCAACUCUCCACUCCUGAAAGUGUAAUAGAAGUGUUCAACACAGCCCAGAGGUUCCAGGUGGACCAGGACACCACCAAAUAUGUGUCAGUGGUGGUGCUGGAUGAGGUGGGACUGGCAGAGGACUCUCCCAACCUCCCACUUAAGGCUCUUCACCCACUAUGGAGGAUGGGACUGAAGGCUCUGAUGAAAGUGAUGAGGUUUUGACUCGGGAUAAGCGUGUAGCAUUUAUUGGACUGUCUAACUGGGCACUGGACCCAGCCAAGAUGAAUCGUGGGGUAAUGGUGACUCGUGGAGACCCAGAUAUCAAUGAACUGGUGCUCAGUGCUCAAGGAAUCUGCCAGAGUGAGACGAAUGUCAAGGAGAGACUCAGUAGUUACUUUGAAAUACUGGCCGAGGCCUACCAUACAAUUUGUGAGAACCAGACCAGACAGUUCUUUGGCCUCAGGGACUUUUACAGUCUGAUCAAGAUGCUGUACUGGAUGUGUGAGAAAACAAAUAUGCCUCUCACUGGACCUCAGCUGGUCCAUGCCAUCAAGAGGAACUUUGGAGGACUGGAAGAGAGUGGGGUUGACCCUGAGAAGAUAUUCAUUGACAAGCUGCCAAAGAAUAUACAUGAUCCACCAGAUCUAACAACUGUUGAUCCUCAAAUCUGGGAAUUUGUAUGUCCUGAUUUCUCACAACGUGGCCUUAUCAAGACCAGCCUAAAAACGAAGGAGACAUCAUGGCAUGGGGAGAGCCGGUAUCUACUCUUUCUGACUGAGAACUAUGCUGCACUGGAGAUCCUGAAGCAAUACCUGCAGGAUCAAGAGGGUGGACAUCCAAUACCGAGUUUUUACUCUACAGAGUCUUCUCUUGAACCAUGGGAGAUGGAGCCUUUUGUACUAUUUGGGAGCAGUUUUCCUAAGGACAAGGAGUACACCCAGGUUUGUCGAAACAUUAACCAGAUCAAGAUUUGCAUGGAAAUUGGGAGAACUGUGAUCCUACUGAACUUAGAAAAUUUAUAUGAGAGUCUCUACGAUGUUCUUAACCAGUAUUACAUCCAUCAUGGUGGCAACCGAUACGUUGAUCUUGGACUUCAAACGCACAAAGUCAAAUGCCGUGUUCAUCAGGAAUUUAAACUGAUUCUCAUAGCUGAGAAGACCACAGUCUAUGAAGACUUUCCUACUCCACUUAUCAAUAGACUUGAGAAACACUUUGUGCUGUACUCCUCAGUGUUAGAGGACUGGCAGACAGACACACUAAAGGAUAUAAAACAGUGGAUUAUGGACUUCUCACAUGUGCAGAGCCCAAAUUCAAGAUUCACAGAGAGUGAUUCCUUUGUGGGGUACAAGAAGGAUGUGGCAGCAGCAGUAGUGUUCCAGGCCUCCAGUCAGUUGAGGAAGACCUGUAGGAGGCUGAGGAGAGAGGCCACAAGUAGACGGCAGCUGUGGGAGACUGCCUGGGAAGCUGGUCUGCUGGGAGACUGUGGUUUGGAGCAGCUAGCCAUGGAACAGGAGGGCUCUGACGUUUGGAAAGAAGCGGUACUGCUGAUAGGGCAGUUUCUACUGCUACAAACCACUCCACCUGACGCACUUGUCAGACUGAAGAAGAGCAGACUCAAAGAAAAGGCUGAGAAGUUGGGCAACGUCUACAAAACCCUACACCAUUGCUCUAUUGAUGAAUUUCUCACUUACCACUUGACAACAUGAGAACUCAAGAGGAGGCCUACUCUUACAGGUAACUACCCACAGCCACCUUCUAUCUUCAGAUGAAGUAGAACGAACUAAGUGAUUGUUUGCAACUAAGUGCAAACCCAGAUGUCUAUUCCUUUAUACUUCAAGAGUUUGACACUGAACUAGACUUCACCAGUAAAGUCAGCCCACUCUUUGUAAGGAGCAAAGACACUGACAAACAAUGUCUCCUCAUCAUCCAGUGUGACUCUGGCCACAUAAAUGGUGACCUCAUUGCCUGUGCCCGCUACCGCAUCUUUGACAUGCGAACCAAAGCUGUCCUCAACAGAUCAAGGUUCAGUGUCAUCACACAUGUAGUCUUUAUCAUACACCUUCCAGUUCAAGUUGCUAACUCCACUUUUGUUGGAUUCCAAGGGGAUCCCUGGGUCUCUUGUCACAUUGACCAACUUAGACCUAGUGAUAAGAAUGCAUUCACCCUUGAGGUGGCCCAGGGUGUUAGUGUUAGCCAGCUUUUCUAUGGAGGACUGGAAUAUGCAGGGCCUGAAAGGCAAACAUCAGAAAUAUCCAGCAAUAUGGAAGAUUUGGCCUUCGAAAGACUUUCCAGCGUAGAAGAAGGGUUAGAGGAAGCAAUUUUCGAAGGAAACAAAGAGAUAAGAGAGAACAUACACCUAAGGGAGCAAUUGGGCCAAAAAGAAGACAGGCUGGAAAUUGUGGAUAUUGAAGGAGAAACUGACAGUAAUGAAAGUAAUUCAUCUACUGGAGUUGCUAAUUUAGAGGCAAGAUUGGAGAGCAGUGGAAGUGACAAAGUACAUGAAGAUGAGUCCUUUUAUGACCCUCCUAAACUGCCGUCAUUAUCAAGUGCCUCAAUCGGGACCAAGGCAUUUUCUGAUGUACACACACAAUGUGUUCGUCUUAAUAGCUGUAUCCAGGCUGCAGUGUCUCGUCUCCAGGAUACCACUCUGAGCAAACAGAGAGCAGCAGAGAGAGUGCGGCUCCUUAUACAGGUUAUCCCAUCCAACCCCAUCUUUCCCCUAGAAUCUGGGACAUUCUACACGAAUCUUGUGUGUCAUAUUCAUCGUAUGCUCGAGAGACGCGAGAGAAGUCUAUCAGGAUGAUGACUGGGUCUCAAAGAAGCCAUGGACAUGCACAACUUGCGACAGGAGGAACUUUCAUGAAUGCUCUCACCAGAAAUUAGACGACUUAUUACUCCACGUCUAGCAGAGAGAUUAUUGCCUUUGUGGACAGGGGUUGUAUCUGAGUUACUGCAGCCUACAAACAGUCCUCUU